CGACUCCAGGUGAGAGUCGUAGCGUCUCAGUCUAGCGACUUAGCGUGGCGAGCGAGCUCGGGCACAAUACCUCCCUCCAGCCCAAACUUUAGCGAGAGAAAUUUCGAUGGCCGAGGGCGGCUGAGAAAAGUGAAGAGAGGUAAAGAGUGAGGGUCGCCCGCAGGAAACGUCAUCAGAACGCACCGGAAGCGGCUGGUGGAUGAAGAGUGUGAUCUACCAUGCCUUCUCUCAGAGAGAGGACAAAGAGCUUGACGUUCAGCUUGCGGGAGCCCAGCAGGCCCAGGCCUUCGUGAGGGCCUUCCUGAAGCGCAGCACGCCCCACAUGAGCCAGCAAGCCCGCGAGGACCAGCUGCAACGCAAGGCUGUGGUCCUGGAGUACGCCACUCGCCGGAAGCGCAAGGAGAAGAGAAAGAAAUCCAAGGGCCUCUCUGCCAGGCAGAGGAGGGAGCUGCACCUCUUCGACAUUAAGCCAGAGCAGCAGAGGUAUGCCAGGGCUUUCCUGCCUUUCUCCCUGAGGCAGCUUCCUCCUCCUGGAGUGGGUGCCUUCUGCUUACCUUCUAGGCAGCCGCACAUGAUUCAGGCCAAGCUGUUGAAGGCAGAUCUUCACGGGGCUCUCGUUUCAGUCACAAAGUCCAAAUGCCCGUCCUAUGUGGGUGUUACAGGAAUCCUCCUACAGGAAACAAAGCACAUUUUCAAAAUCCUCACCAAAGAAGACCGCCUGAAAGUUAUCCCCAAGCUAAACUGUGUCGCAGUGGAAAUCGAUGGCUUCAUCUCCUACAUUUAUGGAAGCAAAUUCCCGCUUCGGUUAAGUGAACGAUCUGCCAAGAAAUUCAAAGCAAAGGGAACAGCUGACCUGUAGCUCUCUGCUGCAGAGACGGCUGUUUGGGACCCCAAGGACCGGGGACACCUGCGUGCCCACCUUUCAGCAGAUACACAGGUGGGCUGAUUCUGCUUCUAGAUUACCCCCAACCCAUUAACACUGGAGUUAAGAACAGUUCGUCAUCUGGGAAGAAAGUGCCUUACUGAGCCAAGUCAGGGGGGUGUCUUUCUAGGUGACGACGGGUGUGCAUUGCUCCCGUGAGAGAAAAUCCUGGCAGGAUCAGCACAGGUUGACCUGACUGGUGGCAUUAUUAGGUUUUAAUUUCUUUUUUAUCCUCUUCUCUGUUUCCUGAGUGUUCUGUGAUGAAUCCAUUGUUUGUGUAAUA